AUGGUUGGUACAUUGUCGACACCCACCAGGGCUCCAACAAUUCAUCUAUUCGGACCUCAGGCGCUUGCCUUUCGUGGAGAGUCAUUCGAUAAAUUGAAGGUUGUGCUAUUUAACACGCCGUACAAUGAGUGGAUUUUAAACGUCAUCGAAACUCUUCCGGGGUGGUGGAAUGCUGCUUCAAAGGAACUUCCAUUUAUACAAGCGUUUCCUGGGGGAAAGUUACUGGAUAAACUAGCCACCUGGGUUAAGGAGAAAACCAUUGUGGAUGCAAUAUUUCCACUUCCAAACAUCCUCCUUACGCCUCUUGUUGUUAUCACACAUUUAAUCCAGUAUCAGAGGUACUUGGAGCAUAUCGACCCUACGUGCCCGGCAGACAACUGUUUUCAAUCGCCUAUCCAUACAGAAUCAGAGGCACUUGGCCUUUGUACUGGCCUCCUGGCAGCCAUUGCAGUAUCGCGUUCUGCAAGCCCCGAAGAGUUUAGACGCAAUGGUGCUACGGCAAUACGGCUUGCCAUGCUUAUUGGCGCUCUUGUUGAUUCCGAGAACGAAAGCAACUCGGAGGGAGGAGCGGUAUCUCAAUCUAUUACUUGGGAUUCCCUAAAGUCUCAGGUGAAGAUGCUAGAAAUUCUAAAGCAAUUUCCUCACGCAUACAUUUCUGUUCUUUAUGAUGAAAAACGAGCUACUGUUACGUGCACCAAGUUUACUGCGGCAAAGCUCGCAAACCGCAUGAGAAAAGAUGGCCUGGUAGUUUCUGAGCUCAACCUGCAUGGUUAUUUUCACUAUCAAGGCCAUCAAGAUGCUGUAGAUUUACUCAUUCGGUUCUGCGAUUCAAAGCCGGAAUUCCAAUAUUCAACCCGUUCAGCGUCAAUUUGUUCAAAAAAUGACCACAGAUCAUAUUUUGUCAAAAACAAAAAACCCCAUGAAUUGGCUCUAAGAUCCAUACUUGUUGAGCAAUGCGACUGGUACCGCACCUUUGCAGCGACAUACUCUUCGCAUUCGAAUGGUUCACAAUCACAAGUUGUGCUUUUUGGCCACGACAAUUGUGUACCACCGUCCGUGGCGCGGAACCUCGGGAGAAAUCUAAUAAAUGCUACGAACCUCGAAGGAAUGCUGCCUUCAACGACUAGGAUCUAUCCUGAGUUAGAAGUUGCACAUGGCUAUUAUGUACGGGACACUGAUGAUAUAGCGGUUGUUGGUAUGGCUUGCAAAGUAGCGGGAGCAGAUGAUAUUGAACAGUUUUGGGACAUACUGCGCGUUGGAGAGUCGCAGCACACGGAGCCGCCUUCUGAUCGCUUUCACUUUGGGACUUUCUGGCGCGAUCUGGACCCGAAACGGAGAUGGUACGGCAAUUUUAUAACGGACCCUGACGCAUUCGACCACAAGUUCUUUAGGAAAAGUCCUCGUGAAAUGAUGUCAACCGAUCCUCAGCAGCGAUGGAUGCUUCAAAUUGUAUACCAAGCUCUCCAGCAGUCAGGAUAUUUCCUAUCUCCGGAUCAAGACAAGCACAUUGGCUGCUAUAUAGGUCUUGGAUGCGUGGACUACGAGCACAACAUUGCUUGUUAUCCUGCAAAUGCAUUCUCGGCAACGGGGAAUUUGAGGAGCUUUGUGGCUGGGAAAGUUAGUCAUUACUUUGGCUGGACAGGCCCGUCGCUCACUAUUGAUUCCGCUUGUUCAUCCUCAGCGGUAGCCAUUCAUCAUGCUUGCAAAGCCAUCCUUCAUGGCGAAUGUACUGCUGCUAUAGCUGGUGGCGUGACAAUUCUAACAAGCCCACUAUGGUUUCAAAAUCUAGCGGGCGCAUCAUUUCUAAGUCCCACAGGCAACUGUAAGCCGUUUGAUACCAAUGCCGAUGGGUACUGUCGCGGAGAAGGAGUCGGUGCGGUGGUGCUUAAGCGUCUUUCUUCCGCUCUUGAUAGCGGAGACCAAAUCCUGGGCGUCAUCUCUAGCAGUGCAGUAUAUCAGAAUCAAAACUGCACCCCGAUAACCGUCCCUAAUGCAGAUUCUCUUUCGGAUUUAUUUCGAGAUGUGACUCACAAGGCAGGCCUCGAGCCCAAACAUAUCUCAGUGGUUGAGGCACACGGAACUGGGACUCCUGUUGGUGAUCCAGCUGAAUAUGAAAGUAUUCUUAGGGUGUUCGGAGGCCCUGAUCGUCUGAGUUCACUUUCCUUAGGCUCUGUAAAGGGUCUUGUUGGACAUGCAGAAACUGCAGCUGGCAUCAUUUCGCUGAUCAAGGUCCUUUUAAUGAUCCAAGAGAGACACAUUCCGCCACAGGCAAGCUUUCAGACAAUUAAUCCUGCUAUCAAACAAUCACCUACCGAUAAAAUUGAGAUUACAACAUCAUUAACGAAAUGGGACACAGAGUUUCGAGCAGCCUUAAUUAACAAUUAUGGAGCAUCAGGCUCAAAUGCCUCGCUUAUUGUCACUCAAACACCGAAUUAUGCACUAUCCUCCAUCAUCAACAGACCAACCUUUCCUCCAGAGACCAAGUACCCUUUUUGGUUCUGUGGCAGUGAUGAUAGCAGCCUCCAGAGGUAUGUUGUUCGGUUCCGUAAGUUUUUAGAAUCAAGGAAGCGCCUCGGAAAGCCCAUUACCAUCCCUGACUUGGCAUUCAACGUCUACCGUCAGUCGAAUCGAACGCUCAGCCGUGCAAUGUUAUUCAACUGUGGCUCUGUGACUGAGCUUGAAGACAUUCUCAAAUUUUCCGAGGCUGAUGUCUCUGAAAUUCAAUCAAUUGAGCCUAUGAAUGCUCGAUCAGUUAUUAUGUGCUUCGGCGGUCAAAUAUCGACUUUUGUUGGCUUGGACCGUGAGAUCUAUGAUACAUGCAAAAUCUUCCGCAAGUAUAUCGAUCAGUGCAACUUCCUUAUGACAUCUCUCGGACCAGAUGGUUUAUUCCCAGAUGUUUUCCAGAAAUCCCCAGUGCAAGACGUUGUUAAGCUUCAAACCAUGCUUUUUGCCAUUCAAUAUGCUUCUGCCAUGUCCUGGAUAGAAUGUGGAGUUAAGCCUGCUGCACUUGUCGGACAUAGCUUUGGAGAACUUACAGCGCUCUGCGUCUCUGGAGUUUUAUCUCUCGCUGAAGCAGUAAAAAUUAUUGCGGGGCGAGCGCGCCUAGUUCGAGAUUUAUGGGGUGUCGACAAGGGGUUCAUGAUGGCCAUUGAGGGCGACAUCCAGAAUGUUCAACACCUUUUGAGCGACUCAAACAGACUCCAGGAAAGCGACCAGAAAGUGACAAUUGCAUGUUAUAAUGGCCCCCGAAGCUUUACAAUUGCUGGGCCAGCUAAUUCCGCGAAAGUUGUUGAAGAACUGUUGGCCAAUAACCCAAUAUUUUCAUCGGUAAAGUCUAAAAAACUGAAUGUUACAAAUGCAUAUCAUUCGAUCCUCGUUGGACCUCUUGUGGAACCUCUCCGGCACAUUGGAGAAAGCUUGACCUUUACCGAAGGUAGAAUUCCGGUCGAGAGGUGCACUGAACAUCCAACUUCCUCGGACCAAUUUGUUGCUGAAUUUAUAGCAGAUCAUAUGAGAUGUCCUGUAUAUUUCAAUCAUGCUGUGCAGAGGCUCUCACUAAAAUAUCCAUCAUCUAUAUGGCUUGAAGCUGGUUCCAACUCUACGAUCACGACGAUGGCUGGUCGAGCUUUAAACCUACCCUCAGAGUCACAUUUCCAGGGGAUAAAUAUCUCAAGUGGCAAAGGGUUGCAAAGCCUUGCUGACACGACUAUAAACUUAUGGAUGAAUGGGCUAAAUACCGCAUUCUGGCCGCACCACUCUUCACAAACGCCUGAAUAUAACCAACUACUCCUCCCUCCUUAUCAAUUUGACAAAACAAGACAUUGGGUUACCCUUAAAAGGCCAGAAGAAGCUUUCCCCAGACAACAGGAUGAGCCUCAAUCCUUAGGAGAGCAACCCAUGGGGCUUUGGAGUUUUUCCUGUUAUAAAGGAGAUGACAAACGCAGUGCCCGAUUCAGCAUUAACACUGCAAGUACUGAGUUUCAUGAUUAUGUGGCUGGCCACACUAUUGCGCAUGCCGCUCCUUUAUGUCCUAGUACGCUUCAGCUGGAUAUUGUUAUUGAAGCUCUCCUAAAGCUACGACCAGAAUAUCUUUCCCGCAACCUUCAGCCACAACUUCAAGGACUUGAAAAUCACGUACCAAUCUGCCUUGACCCAACUCUUUGCGUCUGGCUGGAUGUUGAAGCUAUAGACUCAGAGGCACACAUUUGGGAUUUUAAGAUGAUCAGCGAGCCAACUGGGGGCAAUCAAACUCCGAUAUUACACGUUUCUGGAAAAAUUGGGUUUAAAUCUAACCAGGACACACAACUUCUCAAUGAUUUUGCAAGAUACGAACGACUUUCUGGCCAUGAGCGCUGUUUGUCACUCCUAAAUGGAGAGGAUGGUGAUGAUAUAAUUCAAGGGCGCAACGUCUACAAAGUAUUUGCCGAAGUAGUGGAUUACGGCCAAUUUUACCGAGGAGUCCAAAAGCUCGUUGGGAAAGGAAAUGAAUCGGCGGGAAGGGUUGUCAAGAAAUAUACCAGGCAAACCUGGCUCGAUACUCCCUUGGCGGACUCUUUCUGUCAAUGCGCUGGUAUUUUCGUCAACUGUAUGACCGAUAUAUCAGACAAGGAAAUGUAUAUCUCGACCAAGAUUGAGCAAUGGAUCCGCUCACCUAACCUACUUCCUGAUGAUUUACGACCAGACGUAUGGAAUGUCUUUGCCCUCCAUCGCCGCCCAUCCGAUAAGGAGUUUCUUAGUGACGUAUUUAUAUUUGACUCACGGAACGGGGAGCUGUUAGAAAUUAUCCUCGGCAUAGGUUACAAGAGAGUAUCAAAGCGAAGCCUCGGGAAAAUGCUGACCAACCUCACUCCCGGAAACCUGAAACCUGAAGGAAAAGCCGUACCGCUGCCUGUGGACACUGAAGACAAUAGCGAGGCUACCUGUCUUACCCCAUCCCCGGUCAGAACAACUUCAACAGGCACUUCUGGUAAUGUGCCGCCCAGGGACGUUUCGGAAGAUGUAAGGAAUCUACUUGCGAAUGUCUCUGGGCUAGAGGCCCAUGAAAUCAAGAACGACACUGGUCUCUCUGACAUUGGUAUUGACUCUCUGAUGGGUAUGGAACUAGCCCGUGAAAUUGAGACGGUAUUCAAGUGUUCUCUAGACACUGAAGUGCUGAACGCAGUGACAGACUUCAAGAGCUUGAUAAAAUGUAUCCAGGAAUCUUUAGGCUGCAAUGUAACCGAUGGUAUGGUUACAGAGCCAGCAACGAACAUGGGUUCCAUUAAUACCACCGUUGCUCAGAUUACUAACGAUCCACCUCAUAUCAAUGGAAGCCUUGCGGAAGACGAAAUACCAAGUAUUCCACCUAGCACAAUUCUCAGUGCGUUUGAAGAAUCAAACAGGUUGACGGACGAAUUUAUAUCUAAAUAUAAAUUUGCGAACUACGCCGAUCUUGUUCUGCCUAAACAAACUGAGCUGUGCAUUGCAUAUAUAACUGAGGCAUUCGAGAAGCUGGGUUGCUCCUUUCAAAUGGCAAAAGGUGGUGAACGAUUGGAUAGGGUUCCAUACCUCCCAAAACACCAUAAGUUUGUGAAUUAUCUCUACAUGAUGCUCGAGAAAGAGGCUAGACUAGUGGAUGUGGAUGAAAAUGCUAUCAUCACUAGGACUGCUAUUUCGCCGCCUCUCAAACACUCCAGCGUUCUAUUGCAGGAGCUGAUAAACAACUAUCCUGAUCACGCCAAUGAUCAUAAACUUACUCAUCUUAUCGGAUCCAAAUUAGCAGAAUGUUUAUCUGGCGGAUGCGAUGGUGUCCAGCUAAUAUUUGGCUCCUCAGAGGGAAGAGAGCUUGUCUCUGGCCUUUAUGGCAAGUCCCCCAUAAAUAUGGUGUGGCUUAAACAAAUGGAAGAUAUCAUACAUCGCCUUAUACAGAAACUUCCAGUUAACAAAGGGCCCCUUAAAAUUCUGGAGAUGGGAGCUGGUACAGGGGGUACAACAGCAAUCCUCGCUCCGUUCCUCUCCAGCCUUGGUGUACCAGUUGAAUACACUUUUACAGACAUUUCACCGUCCCUAGUUGCAGCUGCAAGAAAAAGGUUUAAAGCCCACUCUUUCAUGAAAUUUUGUGUUCAUGAUAUUGAGAAGGAGCCCGCUACGGAAUUACUUCACAGCCAGCAUAUUGUCAUAGCAGCAAACUGUGUCCACGCUACGCAUAACCUAGUGAAUUCGACUAAGCAGAUUCGUCAGGUUUUGAGACCAGAUGGGUUCUUAAUGAUUUUGGAAAUGACUGAUACUCUGUACUGGGUAGACGUUGUAUUCGGCGUCCUUGAAGGUUGGUGGCUUUAUAACGACGGGAGGAAACAUGUGGUAGCCAACCAAGUCAUCUGGGAGAAGUCUAUGCACUUGGCUGGAUACGGCUAUGUGGACUGGACUUCAGGGGCUCGCCCUGAAUCGAGUAUCCAACGACUUAUUAUCGCAUUGGCUUCUGGACCUAGGUAUGACCGCUUGCCGGUGACCCUAAACAAUACUCAGAGUCAAGCAACUGACUGUGCGGUUCGGCAGGCCAUAGUCGACAACUAUGCAAAUGAAUAUUCGAGAUCAUUCCUUGGGUAUACCAAAACCAACGAACCUAUCUUGCCAGCAGCAUGCCAAGGGCAUAGUGUACUGAUCACGGGAGCCACUGGAAGUCUGGGAUCUCACCUUGUCGCUCACUUUGCACAAUUGCCUACGGUUAGGGAAGUUGUGUGUUUAAAUCGACGAAAUAGUGUCAAUGCACUAGAGCGUCAGAUUCAGUCACUGGAAGGGAAGGACAUCUUCCUCGAUGGAAAAUCGUGGUCAAAACUUAGAGUAAUAGCAACUCAGGGAGACAAAGAGAUGCUGGGCUUACAAGAAUCAGAAUAUCAGUACUUGGUGCGCUCAGUUACCCAUAUCGUUCACGGGGCAUGGCCAAUGAGCAUAAAGAGGCCAGUGAAAGGCUUCGAGCCACAAUUCCAGUUUAUGCGGAAUUUGAUUGAUAUGGCUGCUGAAAUAUCAAAUUCAAGGCGCAUAGUAAAUGUUGGGUUUCAAUUCAUAUCGUCCAUUGCGACUGUUGGAUAUCAUCCCAUUAAGACCCAUAAAACCUUGGUAUCAGAGCAAAGAGUGGAAGUUGAUUCAGUGCUUCCGAGUGGCUAUGGUGAUGCUAAGUUGGUAUGUGAGAAGAUGAUGGAGGCAACCCUUCAUAAGCAGCCCGACAGAUUCCGACCCAUGUCUGUUCGUAUUGGACAAAUUUCGGGGUCUAGGAAGACUGGAUAUUGGAAUCCAGUGGAACAUUUUUCAUUCCUUGUCAAGUCGUCACAAACACUUCGAUCACUGCCUGAUCUUAAAGGGGAGCUAUCAUGGUGCCCUGUUGAUGAUGUUGCAGCAGCACUUGCUGAUAUCCUAUUAUCAGACACCAUACCAUACCCGAUUUACCAUAUUGAAAAUCCUAUACGACAGCCAUGGAGCGAGAUAAUUUAUCUCUUGGCUGAUACAUUGGAUAUCCCACGGGGUUUCAUUGUUCCCUAUGAUAUAUGGAUGCGUCGAGUUCGCCAUUUUACUGGCUCGACAGAGUCAAACAACCCUGCCAAAAUGUUACUAGAGUUUUUUAGAGAUCAUUUUAGGCGGAUGUCAUGUGGAGGCCUAAUAUUGGAUACGACAAACAGCAAACAACAUUCCCACACUCUGGCAAAUACUCAACCUAUUACUCCAGCUCUUGUUGCAAAAUACAUAGCGCAAUGGAAGGAAUCCGGAUUCCUGGGUUAA